AUGUUCCGUAUGGUGAAGGAUCGAGUUUGGAAUAAAGUUAAUGGUUGGCAAGGCAAGCUUCUGUCUAAGGCCGGGAAAGAAGUGCUCAUCAAAUCAGUAUGUCAGGCAAUUCCUUCAUAUUCUAUGAGUGUGUUUCGAUUGCCUGUCGGGUUAUGUCGCGAGAUUGAGAGUAUCAUUGCCAAAUUCUGGUGGGCUAAAAAUGAUGGUAGAGGUAUUCACUGGAAAACAUGGAGAUUUAUGUGCCAACACAAGUCUGAUGGGGGGAUAGGUUUUAGGGAAUUGAUAAGUUUUAAUCAAGCUCUUCUGUGUAAACAAGGAUGGCGGCUGCUGGAAUUUCCUCACUCACUGAUUGCCCGGAUGUUUAAGGCUCGUUACUUUCCACAUUCUGAUUUUUUGGCAACUUCGAGUGGGUCCCUUCCAUCGUUUACUUGGCAGUCGAUACUAUGGGGGCGGGAUCUGCUCCGGCUGGGCCUAAGGUGGCGCAUUGGUGAUGGCCGGUUGGUUAAUAUCUAUGGCGACCCUUGGGUGCCUUAUGAUCGUUUUUUCACUAUCCAGUCGAUCCCUACUCUUCCAGUUACCUCCCGAGUUUGUGAUCUUUUUACCGCUAGUGGCGGGUGGGAUGUUGGGAAGGUUUUUGCUUCUUUCUCAUUUCCAGAAGCUGAAGCUAUUUUAUCUAUUCCCUUAAUGGGUGAUACUCUGGAUCGGAGAAUCUGGAACUUUACUAAAAAUGGAAGGUACUCGGUUAAGAGUGGGUACUGGGCUGCUCUGGAAUAUAAGAGGCUGGAGGAGCUGUCCGCAGGGGGCGUCGCUGGCCCUUCCUCUUCUUCCUUGAAGAGUUGGAAGCACUUGUGGAAGCUGAAAGUGCCACAAAAAAUCAUGCAUCUGUUAUGGCGUGUGGCUCAAGAUAUCCUCCCUUCCAAGGAGGUCUUAUUCCGGCGCCGGAUUACACAAGGGGAGGUCUGUUGUCGCUGUUUUGCUGCGAGAGAAACUACGUUACAUGCGUUGGUUGGAUGUGAUGUUUGUCUGCAGGUGUGGAAGGCUUUAGAUUUUCCCAGUGAUUUCCUUCUUCCUACUUUAGCUGACGUUGGAACCUGGAUGGAUGCAGUUUGGUCUAUUAUUCCCCCUGAUAAGCAGUCUCUCUUUGCAUUUACUGUGUGGGUGUUGUGGAAUGAACGUAAUGGGGUGCUGUUUGGCUCUCAACCCACCCCUUCCGGAAUUUUGGUACAACGAGCGAAGGACUAUGAUGCUGAAUUUAAACGAUAUUCUGCUGCCAAUCAUAGGAGUUUAUCCUCGCCGGUUCGUGAUAUUAAAUGGAGGCCUCCUACGGGUAAUUGUUUCAAGUUAAAUGUGGAUGGGGCUACUGACAUGGAGACGGGAGCUAGGGGAGCUGGUGCCAUCGUCCGUGACUCUCAUGGAAAACUGGUUGGGGCUCUAGCCAUGCGGGCGCCAAGUCGGAUCUCUGUACUAGCAACAGAGCUGUAUGCUCUUAAAAUUGGAAUCUCUUUUGCGUUGGAUAUGUCCCUAGUGCCUCUGGAGAUUGAGUCUGAUUCCUUGCAGGCAGUUUCUAUGGUCAACAGUGAGGAGGAAUGCCUUGCUGCUGAGGGAGGUCUGGUGGAUGGAGUGCGACGCCUUCUGGUCAGGUCUGCGUCUACUGCUGUUCGACAUAUUCCUCGCCAAGCGAACAAGGCUGCCCAUCGCAUUGCCCGAUUCAGUCUACGCGAUCAAAGUUUGUCGCUCUGGUUGGAUGUGGGUCCUUUGUGGCUUAUGGACGCUGUUUAUGAUGAUUGUCACGAGUCUACUGUCGUUUGA